AGAACUUAUCGACGCGCAACAUUUGAUAAUAAUAAACAUAAUAAAUGGCUAAGCGAAAUAUACGUGCAAAGGCCAAGAGUGCCGUGGGAGUUGCAAAGCAGAAGACGCAGGAAGUGCAGGCGAAGUUAAAUAAAGCUGCACGCCAGGACAAAUUGCUGCACAAGACCCUGACGCCGAAGAAGACGACAACAAAAAAGGAAAAAUCAGCCCAAAAGCACAAGAAAUUGAUAAAGCGUUUUGUCGAGAUGAAAAAGGAGUUGAAGGAGGAGCAUGCACGCAAGAAUCGAGAGAAGACCAAAGUUAUUGGCGAUUUGAAACCGCUGAGAGACGAUUUGCCCUCGCUGGGCGACAUCUACAAGCUGGUGAAGAGCCAGAAGAGGGAAAAGAUCGGAGAGAGCACUUUGCCAGCAGAAUCCGAGCCGCUGAGUGCAAAGGAAAAGAUCAAAAAGAAACGCAUCGAGUGUGUGAACAAAGUGCAGUCCUUUGAGAGACUGAUCAAGGACAAGAAAUUCAAACGGAAUCCACGCGAAGUGAUUGCGAAUCACAUACGCAACAGGUAUCAGGCCAUGGAGGAGGACGACAUGGAAUAGGAAUCACUAUAAAUUAAGGGAUUGUAAUUUGCACUUUGAUUUUAUUUAUUAAGAGUUAUCAGUAAUACAUAUGCAUUAUGUAUAGCUUUAUCAUUUAACGAUAUUACACAUAAGAAUGUAAAAUUGUAAGCAUUAUAAAGUAAGUGGGAGUCAACAGAACGCAAAUAGAGAGGUUUUUAUAAUGUAUAAAUAAAGCAAAUGGAGAACUGUUACUUUGUA